AUGUCACACUUGGAGGCCGCUGCCUUGACUGCUACCUGUACCACAAUUCAAGCCGCCGAGCAGCUUGUCCAUUACGACUGGAGUAAGUUCACCCACGAUCACUGCUACAGAAAAGCAGUGAUCGAGAAAAUGCUGUUCGAUAAGUCCGUAGACAUUGCAAUGGUCAUAGCAACGACGCAGCUCGUCGAUUGUGUCUGGAGCAUACUAACCAGCGGACACCGCUCCCGAGAGUCCAUAAUAAGACAUUUCCAAUCCAAUCCCGAGACUGUCAACAUCGUAACCUCGAUAUCUGGGAAUGUUUCUGAUUCAGAAAAUACAACUUCCGACAAUGGUAUCCCAUCACUCCGUACCAAUACCGUCUCCACCGAGAGUGAAAGUAGAGUGCACCCCACUCUUGCCCAUUCGAUGCCAGCUGUUUCCAAUAGCGAAGAGCAAUUUCGUUCGAAUUGCAAUCGUCCUACUUCACGUAAACGUCACGCAAAACGUACCGAAACUGUAAAUGAGAGUGACCACGACAAUGGUCCUGCACCAAUUGAUGCUGGAUCUUGCAAGCGUCGACGAGUGAGUCAAGAUGACGCGGACGAGAACAAGCAUUUGCAAGCCAAUCCACCCCCUUCAUCUACCUCAAGCGCUCAAAACACAUUUCAAAAAGGUGGUAAGACGAGGCAGUUACCAGCGCCAAAUUUCGGCAACCGGAAAUUCUCCAUGAUUCAAGAGACGCUGCGAAGUCAAGUUCACACCUACAAAGGUUUAGAGGGCCUGCGCGAUUCCUGGAAAACAGUUGAUGCUUUUCGAUUACGGGCUGUUGAGCAACUAUUGAUGAAAUCAUCAGAUUCCAGGAUCGUGCAGGAGAGAUACUGGCAAGAAGAACUUCGUCACGCAUUGCGGAAGAAAAGCAGUAGCUUGUCCGUCAGAGCGCUCGUCGUGCGACGAUUUAACAUGGUUCGAAUGAUAGCCCAAUAUCACGAAAGGCAGAGAGUAAAUGGAGGUGGCGACGGGUCUAGUGAUAUAAAAGAAGAAUUUAAAAAGGAGCUUUUCCCAGGGAAGACUCCCAAGCAAGCCGAGUCGGAUUGGUAUUCCUAUCAUCUGGAAGCCGAGGUCUUAUUGGCGGCGGUGAGACGUUAUGGAUACGGCGUUUUGAUCUUCCCCUUACGCAAAGUAACCAGAGAAAGUCUGCGUAAGCUCGACCGCAAAUGCAUCAGCGACUUCAUUGACUACUUAGGUCAAUGUCAUCCCGACUUGGAGAAGUGA